AGAUUAGCAGUUGUUUUGUUUUUGAGCAGCAAAUAAGAACAUAUUUUUAACAAUUUUAUGACAACUUUUUACUCUAAUCCCGAUACUCUUUUCACAGAAGAUGGUGAGCUCUCUCAAGUGGCCUAUGCACGGGAAGCGGUCACCACAGCUGAAACUGUGAUUGCAGUUUUGGAAAAUGACCAGAUCUCUCUAUGGGCGGAAAGAAAGGAGUUACCAUUGCUACGACCACAAAAUAGGAUAACACAAAUAGAUGACAAACAUAACAUAUUUAUAGCCUGUGCUGGGCUUCCGGCUGAUGCCCGUGUCAUAGUAGAUCGUGCCCGUCAGCAUUGCCAGAGCCACAAGUUGAAUACAGACGAAUCUUUGACCGUUGAAGGCAUUGCAAGGUUCCUCGCUCAAUAUAAACAAAGCUAUACACAACAAAACGGGUUCCGGCCAUUUGGUGUAUCCUCCCUCGUAUGCGGAUAUGAUGAUAAGCCUCACAUUUAUGAAAUCGAUCCCAGUGGAGAUUAUUGGGAAUUUAAAGCAAGGGCUAUCGGUCGUUUUAGCGAUAAACUUAAUGACGUGCUAGAUAAAAAUUACUCAAAUACUGACAUAUUCACGAAAAUAGAGCAGUAUUGUAAAAGAUUCAUAUGGGAAAAAAAAGAGAUUGUGUUAACGCUCGAUUGAGAAAAUAAAAAUAUAUUAGUAACCCACUA